AGAGAGAGAGAGAGAGAGAGAAAGAGGGAGAGACACAAAGUGGUCGCUGCCAGGCGAACCACAACAAUGACCCACUCCUGACUAAAAUUGAAUGGAUUAGCCAAUCUAUUCUGAGCUCUAAUGAGAUUAGAGAGUCAGAGCAGACAUGGGUCGCGGCGGCGUGGUACCUUUCGGUGAGCUCUUCGGGGAACGUUUCCCCCGCCAGCAGCUGUCCUCCCGGCGUGGAAAUGGCGUUUCUGACACCGAGGAUGCCGCGGAUGCCGGGGGACAGUGACACCGACUUGAAUGCGCGCUCACCUGUGCCGCUCCUGUGGCGCACGGAUUCCUAGAAGUAGUAGCAGAAGUAGAGGAAGAAGAAGAAGAAGUAGUAGGAGUAGUAAGAGGAGGAGGAGGAGGAGGAGGAGGAGGAGCAGCAGCAGCGCGAGCGGCGGCAGGAGUGGUGAAGGAGGACAACAUGAAGUACCAGAAAUAUAUCACGGUGAUGCAGAUGGCCAUGGGAGUGACAGCCUCCAACAAAGACUGCCUCCCCGCUAAGAGACAGCUGUGGGUAACACCCCAGGAUGGAGAUACAUCCCCAUCAGGUGCUCCCGGGUGUUCAGGGCCCGCAGGUGCUACCGGUGGCGCCAGCGCAAUGGCAAUGGCUGCCACCUCCACCCUGUCCUUACCCAUGAGCCAGGGCAAACCCUCCCUGCGUCGCAUCAAAGGCCGCAUUCACCGCAGCAAGAGCCUGGACAGCAUCGACCUGCUGGACUCCAAUAGUGCGGCGAUGGAGGAAACCGUCAUAUGGGAACAGCACACAGUGACCCUUCACAGGGCCCCAGGAUUUGGGUUUGGCAUUGCUAUCUCAGGUGGGAGAGACAACCCUCAUUUCCAGAGUGGAGAGACAUCCAUCGUGAUUUCCGAUGUGUUGAAAGGAGGUCCUGCCGAGGGGCUUCUGCAGGAAAAUGAUCGAGUGGUGAUGGUCAAUGCCGUUUCUAUGGACAAUGUAGAACAUGCCUAUGCUGUACAGCAACUACGCAAGAGUGGAAAAAAUGCAAAGAUAACUAUUCGAAGGAAACGGAAAGUACAGAUCCCAGUUUCGCGGCCGGGCGACAGGGAGACGAUGUCGGAGCACGAAGAAGACAGCGAUGACGAAGAUGGCUACGAGCACCGUGGCGGCCAAAGUGCCUACGGAGGUGCAAGCGGGGGCACUGGCCGGCGUCCCGAGCGCGAGCGGAGCAGCAGUGGGCGAAGGGAUCACAGUGCCUCACGGGAGAGGAGUGUCUCACCGCGCUCUGACCGCCGAUCACAAGCCUCGUCCGCUCCGCCCAGGCCGUCCAAGGUCACGCUCGUGAAGUCUCGCAAAAAUGAAGAAUAUGGACUGCGGCUGGCCAGCCACAUCUUUGUGAAAGAUAUUUCUCCUGAGAGCCUUGCUGCCAGAGAUGGAAACAUCCAGGAAGGCGAUGUCGUUCUAAAGAUCAAUGGCACCGUCACAGAGAACCUAUCGCUGAUAGACGCCAAGAAGCUGAUUGAGAGGUCAAAGGGCAAGCUGAAGAUGGUAGUGCAAAGAGAUGAACGAGCCACACUGCUCAACAUUCCUGACCUUGAUGACAGCAUCCCGUCAGCCAAUAACUCCGACCGAGAUGACAUUUCAGAGAUUCAUUCACUGACAUCAGAUCAUUCAAAUCGAUCUCACGGGAGAGGAAGUCGAUCGCGAUCGCCCGACAGGCCGGAAAUUUCAGACCAUCUCCGUCACUCACCUCGACAGAUCAGCAAUGGCAGCCUCCGAGGUCGAGAUGAGGAGCGUGUGUCCAAACCAGGGGCCAUGUCCACGCCGGUGAAAACCUCCGACGAUGGCGUCUUGUCACAAGCCAGCGACCAGGCCAGCUCCAGAGAUGACAAACAGUUACCCCCGCUGCCUGAACCAAAGCCAGUUUAUGCACAGCCCGGCCAGCCGGACGUGGACCUGCCCGUCAGCCCUUCAGACGCUCCUGUCCCCAGCGCCGGACACGAUGACAGCAUUCUCAGGCCAAGCAUGAAGCUGGUCAAGUUCAAGAAGGGAGAGAGUGUCGGUCUGCGGUUAGCAGGAGGCAACGAUGUGGGAAUUUUUGUGGCUGGAGUUUUGGAAGACAGCCCUGCAGCCAAGGAGGGGCUGGAGGAGGGAGACCAGAUUCUCAGGGUGAACAAUGUUGAUUUUGCAAACAUCAUCCGAGAAGAAGCUGUGCUGUUUCUGCUGGAUCUCCCAAGAGGAGAGGAAGUUACCAUUCUGGCUCAGAAGAAAAAAGAUGUGUACCGGAAGAUAGUGGAAUCAGACGUGGGUGACUCCUUCUACAUUCGGACUCAUUUUGAAUAUGAGAAAGAAUCGCCGUAUGGACUGAGCUUCAACAAGGGGGAGGUGUUCCGCGUGGUAGAUACGCUCUACAAUGGCAAACUGGGAUCUUGGCUUGCAAUUCGUAUCGGCAAGAACCACCAAGAAGUGGAGAGAGGCAUCAUCCCCAAUAAGAACAGAGCGGAGCAGCUGUCCAGCGUGCAGUACACCCUCCCUAAAACCCCAGGAGGUGACAGAGCAGACUUCUGGAGGUUCAGAGGUCUGCGGAGCUCGAAGAGGAAUUUGCGGAAAAGCAGGGAGGACCUGUCGGCCCAGCCGGUUCAGACCAAGUUCCCUGCCUACGAGAGGGUGGUGCUGAGGGAAGCUGGGUUCUUGAGGCCUGUGGUCAUCUUCGGGCCAAUAGCAGACGUAGCAAGAGAGAAACUGGCCAGGGAGGAGCCAGACGUCUUCGAACUAGCAAAAACACAACAACCACAAGGAGGGGAAAAGAGUGAACCCAGGGACGCUGGAACCGACCAGAAAAGCUCUGGGAUCAUUCGGCUGCACACCAUCAAACAGAUCAUCGACCGAGACAAGCAUGCAGUGCUGGACAUUACCCCCAAUGCCGUGGACCGUCUGAACUACGCCCAGUGGUAUCCCAUCGUGGUGUUUCUCAAUCCGGACACCAAGCAGGGCGUGAAGAACAUGAGGACCCGCCUCUGCCCCGAGUCCAGGAAGAGUGCCAGGAAGCUUUAUGAGCGAGCCCUCAAAUUACGGAAGAACAACCACCACCUCUUCACCACGACCAUUAACUUGAACAGCAUGAAUGAUGGGUGGUUUGGAGCAUUGAAAGAAAGUAUCCAGCAGCAACAGAACCAGCUGGUGUGGGUUUCAGAGGGCAAGGCCGACGGGGCGGCUGAAGAUGACCUGGACAUCCACGACGACCGCCUCUCCUACCUGUCGGCGCCGGGCAGCGAGUACUCCAUGUACAGCACGGACAGCCGCCACACCUCCGACUACGAGGACACGGACACGGAGGGCGGAGCCUACACCGACCAGGAGCUGGACGAAACCCUGAACGACGACGUGGGCCCGCCCCCGGAGCCCGCCAUCACCCGGUCCUCCGAGCCCGUCCGCGAGGACCCGCCCGUCAUCCAGGAGCCUCCGGGCUACGCUGUCUAUCCGCACUCAGUGCAGCCGGACCCCCUGAACCGCAUCGACCCCGCCGGGUUCAAGGCGCCGGCGCCGCAGCAGAAAGCAGAGGCCGCUGCCGUCCCUAGCAUCUCCCACCAUCCCGAGCCCCUUGCCGAGACAGUGCCCGCUGCUGUCGACGUUACUGUAAAAACUGUAGGGCCGCUGAGCCCCGAUGAGGCUCCCGCAGCUCCGUACAGCCAGCCGAGCCCCAACCCUGAGGCCGGCUCUCUCAGGAGAACUCCUCCUGAGCUAGCCCCUCAGAGCACCACCCCAGAGCCUCUGCAGUCUGGAAUGGCCAGUCCAGAACCAAAGAUGUUUCAGAAGGAUCCAUACAGCACAGACAACGGCGGGAGAGUGGGUCACAGUAUGAAGCCAAUGGCCUACAGUCCCCAGCAGGGAUACCACCCCGACCAGCAGUCCUACAGAGAUUACGACCACCCGCCCAGCCGCUACGACGUCAGCAGCAGUGGCGUGAGCAGCGGAGGCGGCGGCUACCCAGAACCAAAGUACCGGAACUUUGACUCGAGCGCACCGUUUGAGAACAGUGUGCCUCACCUCGACCAGCAGCAGUGGAGUCCCUACAGCCAGACGCUCUCCACCGCCAACUCCCAGGCCUAUGAUCCCCGUUUGCCUUACAGCGAUGGCCCCGAGUCCCAGUACACUCCCCCCCUGCGCUACGACGAGCCCCCGCCUCACCACGGCUUCGACGGACGGCCUCGCUACGGCAAGCCGACGGGCCCGGGGCCCGCCCGCUUCGACGACCCUCCCGCCCCGAUGUCCGAUGUGCGCUACGACCCGGACUCUCAUCUGAACGCGUACCCGGCGGCCGGCCGCUCCCCCGAGCCCCCCGGCCAGCGGCCCGCCUACGGCCAGGGGCCGGCGUCGCAGCAGAAAGGCUACAAGCCGCAGCAGUAUGACCCCGCCCACGUGAACUCCGACGGCAGCCCCACGCCUCCCGCUAAAGCCGACGCCCCCUCGCCCUCGCACAUGGACGCUUUGAAACCCCAGUCCGCCAGGAACGAGCCGCACGAGGAGGACCCCGCCAUGCGGCCGCAGUCGGUCCUGACCAGGGUCAAGAUGUUUGAGAACAAACGCUCCGUGUCCGUGGACAGAGCCAGAGACGCAGGGGAUUUAUCUGGAAACAGGGCAGCUGAUUUACCCUUGAAAACGGGUGGAGUAAUCCCAAAGGCAAAUUCUCUGAGCAACCUGGAUCAGGAGAAGACCUUUAGAGCACCAGAGCCUCAGAAGCCUCAGUCUAAGGUGGCUGAUGACAUCGUGCGCUCCAACCAUUACGACCCCGAUGAAGACGAAGAUUAUUACAGGAAGCAGCUGUCUUACUUUGACAGACUUCAGACGGGCCCCAAUAAACCUCAAGCACAAGCAGGCCACGGCUAUCCCAGGUCCGACUCGUUGGACAAACCAAACCCGGCUGAGAAAAAAUACGAAGCGGUUCCCCAGGUGACGCCCACUCUGCCACCAGCCACGCUGCCCAAACCCUCGCCCGAAGCCAAGCCUCCGGGCCGGGAGGACACAGUCCAGACCAACUUCCUGCCUCACAAGAGCUUCCCCGAGAAGUCUCCGGUCAACGGCACAAGCGAGCAGCCUCCGAAGGCGGUCACCAGCACCGGGGCUCCACCGGCGUCCAGCUACAACCGCUACACGCCCAAGCCCUUCACCACCUCCGCCAGGCCUUUUGCUCGCAUGUUCGACAGUCCCAAGUUCAACCACAACCUUCUGCCCAACGACAAGCCUGAGACAGCACCGAAGGGCGGCAGCUCCAGUCCAGUGAAGCUCCAGAUUUCCCCUCAGCCCCAGAACACAGACCACGACAGCGGCCUGGACACUUUCACACGCACCGUGGACCACCGCUCCAAAUACCAGCACAACAACGUCAAUGCCGUGCCUAAAGCCAUCCCCGUGAGCCCCACCGCCCUGGACGACGACGAAGAUGAAGACGAGGGACACACGGUGGUCGCCACAGCCCGUGGUAUCUUCAACUCCAACGGUGGCGUCCUGAGCUCCAUCGAGACAGGUGUCAGCAUAAUUAUCCCGCAGGGCGCCAUCCCUGACGGCGUGGAACAGGAGAUCUACUUCAAGGUCUGUCGAGACAACAGCAUCCUGCCCCCACUCGACAAGGAGAAAGGGGAGACGCUGCUCAGCCCUCUGGUGAUGUGCGGACCUCACGGCCUCAAGUUUUUGAAGCCCGUGGAGCUGCGCCUGCCUCACUGUGCGUCAAUGACCCCUGAUGGUUGGUCUUUUGCUCUAAAAUCCUCCGACUCCUCGUCGGGUGAUCCGAAAAGCUGGCAGAACAAGUCCCUCCCCGGAGACCCCAACUACCUGGUGGGAGCCAACUGUGUCUCUGUGCUCAUCGACCACUUUUAAGGAUGGAGCGGCAGGUGUGACGUUGUUACUGAAUGUGGAACCGUGGGGGGAUGAAAUGAAGGAGACACACACACACACACACACAUAUACACACAAAUAUAUAUAUAUAUAUAGAUGCUGACAAAUGCACUCCAAGCAAACAAACCUGAAGCAACAGGAAGUAUGAAGACCAAGUUAGUGCUGUUUACCGCACGAGCGGAUGAAGACGAGAGACUGACGAUCGCCGUGAGCCGUGGCAUAAACUCCCCCCCCCCCCCCCCCCCCCCCCCCCCUCCGAGUCCAAGUUCUGAUGUAAACUGAAACUUUUGAUGCAUGCCCCCAUGUCACUGAGGAUUAUAUUAGCCGAUGUUUAAUGUAAUAUUUAGAAGGAUGGGUGGUGUCGGAGGCUGCAUACGUGCCUCUAAAAAGAAUCGAUGUCCCUAUAUUUAUGCUAUAUAUGCAUAUGGUAUAUAUAGUAGAGUAGAAAUGUACUAAAAUUGUGGCCAUGAAUUCAAAUAUCAGUCGGCAUUGUUAUGUUUUCUUUUAAUAACGGAUGGGACUGAACAUGAGUUGGAACUGCCCCCCUUUCUUUGUCACAUUGAGGGAACUUUACUGCAGGUUUGAUCAGGUGGAAACAGUCGCAGGUUGAAGAGUGAUCGACACGAGCUGGACACAAAACCCGAGCAGCACACUUUUGAAGACGUUCUUCCUUCGUUCUUCCUUUUCCUCCCAGUAAAAAAAAACAACAACAACCAUGUAGCGUACUACGUCCCUCCUCCCAGCCUGAGGGAGAUCUAUGCAUGUUCUUUAUAAGGUCCAGUAGCCUCUUCUGUUCUCACGUCUCUCUCCGACUCUCCUCUCCGUCUCUUCCUUUUCUCUCCUCUCUGUGCACUCUCGCACUCACACAAAUAAGCAGUGAUGCCUUAUCUGCAGAUUAUUCACUUUUCAUUCAGAAGAAAGGAAAAAAAAUAAGUUAUGAUAAAUUAUGGUAUAAUGUCAGUUUUUUUUUUUCUUUUUUCGGGUGAACCCACUGUAUAAACGACCUUGGGUUCAGCACACAAUAACAUUUGAUAAAAGAUAACAAAGGUUAUGCUCUUCUUUUAUCUGCUAUGCAUUACUUAAGAAACAAAAGACUAAAGUGAAAAGAAGUGGCUGUAAAUAAAGCUAGCAUAUUGCCUUGUUUCUUUCGUUUGUAAAUGAACUUUUUGUAUGUCUUUCUUUUUUGUA